UUCUUUACMAACAACYAAAAAACCAGAAACGUGUGAUCAMAACAACUGUUCUAGUCUUCCCUACAUGAUCUGUAAAAUGAUUAACAAUCAACCAACUUGCACAUGCCAAACAUAUUGUACAAGGAGACUCAAGCCGGUAUGUGGUUCUGAUGGUAAGACGUACCCUAACAAAUGCGUCCUGGAGAAAAUUUCCUGUGAGAACAAUGUGACGAUUGCUAUCAAAGGAAAUGGAAAAUGUAGAGAAAUAAAAACAUGCUCUCAAAAGAACUGUACUGGUCUACCAUACUCCGUCUGUAAGGUGAUUAACAACCAACCAACAUGUGUGUGUCCGAMAUCUUGUGCGAAGAUAGUGAAGCCAGUGUGUGGUUCAGAUGAUAAGACUUAUCCUAACAUUUGCAUCAUGAAGAGAAUUUCGUGCAUGAAUAAUGCGCUGAUUGUUAUCAAAUCAAAUGGAAAAUGUAAAGAAAGAGUGUCAACUAGUAAUACAGAACAACCAGUGACUUGUGAUAUCAAAAACUGCUCACGUGUGCCAUACAUGAAAUGUAAAAUGAUCAAUCACGAUGGUCUGUUGCUAGGACUUUUCCUCCCGCAUCGCGGGCUCUGAAACUACCAGCGGCUCUGAAACUCUCUUCAGUAAUAUAGGGACAAAUCUCUGUUCAAAAUGAAGCAGAGUAUUACGAAAUGUGCAUAAGAAGAAAAAAAGUUCAUUUUUUGUACAAUAAUGACAUUUUUUUCGUGUUUCCAAAAAUUAUGACGUCAUCAAAUUGAUACAUUUUUGUAACACCAUUGAAAUACAUCAAAAGUUGCACAGAACGUUACAGACAUUUUUGCAACACAAAAUUAACAACUUUAGUGAAGACCCCAUAUCAAUCGGACAAUUAGGCGCCAAGUUACAGCUAAUUA